CAUGUCAGUCGGCAAGCACUUAUGUUUGCACUGUAUUUAAAAUGUUUUUAUGAUGACAAACGCGCGAACCCUUUCAGCAGCACUGUAAACAGUUCUAUUUUAAUACGUACUUCCGGCCCAAAAUAGACACACGGAAUAGACUGCGAUUUACAGUAUUAGAAAGCAAUAACAAAUUUGCGCUGUGGUUAUUAAUUGUUCGCAGGUUGCUCUGCUAGAUGCAUUCUACAGCAAUUACGUACUGUUAUUACAAACUAACUUUGAGAAAUGAAUGAACCAUUCGAAGGACCUUGCCUCAAAAAGCGGCGUACCAAUGCAGCUGAAAACAAAACGGGACUCGAUGCCGACACGGUGAGGUUUCUGAUUGGCAAAAACCGAAUCCCGGUGAUGGCCAGCCGAAAGCGAUUAUCUUCCACCUCAGCGUAUUUCGCCGCUAUGUUCAAUGUGCAGCACUUCCAGGAAGGACUGCAGGACGAGAUCACACUGCAUGUUCCGCCAUUCUCCAGUGGUAUAUGCGUCGCGCGGUUACUUGUUGCUGAUUUUAUCGUAGAAGAACCCGGAACUCUACCCGUUUCCAAGAGUUACCACACUAACAAGAGCAAUGUUUUAUCGGUUUAUGCCGCGGCCGAUUACUUUCAGAUGGAUACCUUAGUCGAAGCCUGCGUCGGGUUCAUUAUCCAACACGGUGUCUCGGCCGCUAGCUGUCUGCGACUCUUGCAGUUUAGCAUGCAACGCUCUCAUGCGCACCUAAAGAGAAGGGUUGGCGAGAUAGUAGGUACUAUGUUCCCAGUUAUCAGGAAAACUCCAAGAUUUGCCAGUUUGAACGUUGAGGAAUUGUUGGUGAUAUUGCGGCAGCCGUUCUUGGUUGUAGCAUCGGAAAUGGAUGUAUUCGAGAGCCUAAGCUGCUGGUACCAGAAAAACAGGAAACUCGAUGCACACGUCUUAGAGGUCACGCUGUGCGAAAUCCGCUGGUCUGUCUUGUCUUUCGAAGAACGACAACGGUGUCACGGAGUAUUAAAAGACAUAUUUCCGCGGCAUCGACAUGUUAUUGGCGCUUUCUUCGACACGUUAUACGUCGGCCUUCCAUUACCGCGUAAUCGUAACCGCCACCAGUGUCUGUACAUUACCGUGUCGGAAAGAGCCCUAGCCGAGUUCGAUCUCCGAACACGCGCUGUAAGGGUGGACACCUGGCCAUACUCAGUGAACCGUCAUUUCAACAACGACAGCGCCAUGCACCACAUGGAAUCCGACACCCGAACGCUGAACGGGAAUAUCUACGCUAUGGUCACUCAUCGGAAAACCAAUGAACACAUUACCUGGCGUAAGAUGAAGCGUCGGCGUGUUGCCGGCCCGAUCUUCCGACUCGAAGACGACACGACGCGGCCUGAAGAGGUAUUCUGUUGUUUUGAUGUGACUCCUGCCGAUUAUUCGGAUGACGAUUAUGAUUUCGUUUCUACCGUUAUUGGGAGCAUGCAUUACGAAUUGCCGGGAGAUGGCAGCUUUCGGGGACAUGCGAUCGACGCACGGGCAGAGGAUGUGGAUACGGAUGGUAAUCUAGCGUCUACGGACCUGUCCGACCCACCGUUUGCUAGAAUCCUUGAACGCAACGGCGAAUAUGCGACAAUGUUGGUAGAUGGCGGCGGAAACAUUUUUGCUUAUACAGGACGCCGUUUGUACGAAUACAAUACCCGCGGUGAUUUUUGGACGAUGCGUUCCCCACCGCGAAUUAACCGAAUGCAGCCGGCAUUGGUGGAGCUCGACGGUUAUCUGUACGUUACCGGCGGCCUCACCAUAUGGCAAACGAAUCCACUGCCAGAAUGCGGAAAUGGAGAUGAACCACUAAUCCGUGAUAACGCAGUGUUCCUGGAGCGGGUUCGCUUGAGGAGCUGCGAGCGCUUGGAUUUACGUAGCGGAGAUUCGGUCUGGCAACCCGUUGGGGACAUGACGUGCCCACGUUAUGGACAUCGGUUGUGCGUCGUCGAUGGCCGGCUGGUAGCGGUGGGUGGACUCAGCGGUGAUGGUACGAACGGAUCGCUUAUGGAGAUCUAUGAUGCGGAAAACAACCAGUGGUUCAGCUGCAAUUUUUGUGAUUUACCUGGCAUGCAAACAAUGAAAUGCUUUAGUCAUACGAAUCUUUUUGUCGCUGAAGUAGCGUGCUACCCAUGAACUGUAUAACACAGUAUGUAUCCGGA